GGCGGCGGGCGGGAGAUGGUGAACGCCAGCACUAGCCGGAGCGGCUCGGGUCGCGUCGCUCAGAGGGGCGGCGCCCUGCCCGGGAGCCCGCGGGUGUCCGCGUCGGCGGCGGCGGCGCAGCGCAGGUGGUGGGCGGCCUCGAGCCCGUCGCUGGAGCGAGUCGCCCUCGCCUUCUGCCUCGCCUCCAUAGCGCUCGCGCUCUCCUGCGCGCUCUACCUCUACGUCUUCCGCUACCUGGGACGGGGGCAGGCCGUCGCCGGGUUCGUCGGCGAGGACCUCGGGGACGGGGCUUGCGACGUGUUCGACGGGAACUGGGUCCCCGACGCCACCUACCCGCUCUACAACAGCUCCGACUGCCCGUUCGCGGAGAAGGGGUUCAACUGCCUGGCCAACGGAAGGGAGGACACCGGCUACCUCAAAUGGCGGUGGAGGCCCCGCCGCUGCGACGUGCCCAGGUUCACCGCCGGCGCCGCGCUCGAGCGGCUCAGGGGGAAGCGCGUCGUCUUCGUCGGGGAUUCCAUGAGCCGCACGCAGUGGGAAUCCUUCAUCUGCAUGCUCAUGCCCGGCGUGGACGACCCCAAGACCGUCUACGAGGUGAACGGGAACGAGAUCAGCAAGACCAUACGCUUCCUGGGGGUCAGGUUUGCGACCUUCGACCUCACCGUCGAGUUCUUCCGGUCCGUGUUCCUUGUCCAGCAGCGCCCUGCGCCCAGGCAUGCCCCCAAGAGGGUCAAGUCGACUUUGAGGCUGGACAAGAUGGAUAAUAUCAGUCGGAAAUGGGUGAAUGCCGACGUUCUGAUCUUCAACACCGGCCACUGGUGGACUCCCACCAAAUUGUUCAACACGGGUUGCUAUUUUCAGGCUGGACGUGCCCUCAAACUAGGUACAACCAUUGAUGCUGCUUUCAAGAUGGCACUGCAGACUUGGGCUUCUUGGGUGGAAAAAAGAGUUGAUCUAAAUCGAACACAUGUAUUCUUCCGCACGUAUGAGCCAUCUCAUUGGAGUGACUUGAACCAAACGAUAUGUGAAGUAACAGAAAAGCCUUCACCUGAGGCCAAAGGAAAUGACAAGAGUGAACUUGGGGAUAUACUUGGUGAUGUUGUAGCGAGCACGAACGUUCCUAUUACAGUUCUAAAUGUAACUUUGAUGGGAGCCUUCCGAACUGAUGCUCAUGUUGGCGCUUGGAGUUAUCCUCCCACUAUACUUGACUGCAGUCAUUGGUGUCUUCCUGGAGUUCCUGAUGCUUGGAAUGAGCUAGUAUUUUCAUACCUUUUUACAAAUGGUUGGCGAAAGAUGGCAGGGUGACUGUUGACUGCAUAUUCAUUUUUCUUCUUUUGCGCCAUACGUAUAUUUCCAUCUUCGGUUUUGUCAGCUGUUGAAGAGCAAUAGAUCCCCUGGAAAUAGCUGAGUGUGAUAGGUGGUUUAACUCGACCUCUGCAUUCUUUUCUCUCUUGUACAAGGUGACGCAUUCAUUCGGAGGUGUAGAUUUUGUAUCGGUCCUUCAGAUUGUCGAUGGAAAGAAAUCAUCGCAUUUUGUAAGCCUGUAUGCUUCUUACAAUUCAAUUUAUACGUUGUCAAAACAUGUGCUUCAGCCUGUAUGUACUAACAGUUCACAUCACAAGUUGUAUAAAUAUAUACAUGUUCUUUCUCA